UUGAAUAUUUAAUAGGUAUUGGUUUAUAUAUUAAACAAUUUUGAGCCCUCCAUAAUUUUUGAUAAUUUUUUUGGGGGGACAAACCUACUUUAUAUAAUGAUGUUGAGUAAUUUCUAAUGACCUAAUGUGCUAUAUAUCUUGUGGAUUGCACUUGUAUCUGUAUCACAUCUAUAACAGACUAAGCAUAUGGAUAUGAAUAAUUUACUCUCACUGCCAGUGCCAGCCGUGGCCCCGUUAUUGUUUCUCUUCAUUCUUUUUUGGCUACGUAGAAGCAGCAGUAAUACUGCUGUUGAAGCUAAAAAGACACCACCUGAAGCCGACGGUGCUUGGCCUUUAAUCGGCCACCUCCACCUUUUAAGUGGUUCCCAGCCACCUCACGCCAUCUUGGGGAAGUUAGCCGAUAAAUAUGGACCAAUCUUUACCUUACGUUUGGGUGUUCAUAGAACUUUAGUUAUAAGCGGUUAUGAAAUGGCAAAGCAGUGUUUCACCGUAAACGACAGAGCUUUUGCUUCCCGUCCUAAAUCUAUAGCCUUUGAAAUUUUGGGCUAUAACUUUUCGAUGAUAGGUUUCAGUCCAUACGGUUCCUAUUGGCGUACAGUGCGUAAGAUAUCCACCAUCCACGUCCUCUCCAACCAACGGAUAGAGAUAUUGCUCAAGCAAGUGAUGGAAUCUGAGGUGAAUACAGCAAUGAAAGAUAGUUACGAUUUUUGGCAAAAUAUGAAGAAUGAGGGUAAUCAAAAAAGGGCAAUUACGGAAAUGAAAAAAUGGUUUGGAGAUAUAGCGAUUAACGUUAUGUUUAGAACCGUUGUGGGAAAACAUUUUGAUGGUGAUGAAGAAGAGAACCAAAGGAUUAGGAAAACGGUUAGGGACUUUUUCGAUCUUAGUGGUUCAUUUGUUAUCGGUGAUGCGUUGCCGUAUUUAAGAUGGUUGGAUUUGGAUGGAAAAGAGAAGGAGAUGAAGAAAACGGCAAAAAAGUUGGAUGAAUUUGCUUGUGUUUGGCUUGAUGCACACAAACGUAAUAGGAACUCCGGCAUUGAACAUGACUUCAUGGAUAUGCUCCUUUCUACCGUUGAUGAUCAAGAUAUAGACGGUCGUGAUUCUGACACCACAAUCAAAGCUACAUGUCUGGUACGUCUCAUGUCCUUGUUCCAAUAUUCAGGGACUUUUUGGUGUAUUUAUAACUGAAUUAUAUUGGAAAUGGCCCCAAUAAUUUUUUUUAAAAGUAAAUAUUUAUAUUUUUAAAAUGAAUAAAUAAUUUUUGUCAAACAAAAAUUGAAUUAAAUAAUUAAUGUAUUUGAUCAAUAAUAUAGAUUGAAUAAAUCAGUUAAUAUUUAAUAAGUUU